AUGCUUGAAAAUGACUCCCACAAUAGUUCCGAGCAUGUUUUUUGCAUGGAAAAGGAAACUGAGCGGGUUGCGAGAGAGGAAAGUCCUAUGGAACGGUAUGCCUCACUCUUGCUGUGUGAAGCAGAUAGGCACCAGCGCCUGCGACAGGCAUUGCAUAAAAGGCUGAGACAUGUUCAGUUUUUCCCCAAUUCAGUCUCUGCCGGUUUUCUAGGUUUGCCGGUCUCCCCAUCUAAGAACGGCUUCUCGGUGAACACGGCCGAUGAUGCGGAUGCAGCUUCCGCGAUCCUAAAGCAGAAGGGAACACAUAACGACGCUGACAUUGUACCUCAACUCACAAGUGAGUUGAUCUCGCAUAUUACGACGGAUUGGUCCUCCGUGGAGGCUUCUCAGGAGAUGGUGAUAAAACACAUUUGUGAGUUACCUACUAGUACGGAUGACGAGUUUCAGCUUAUUCAGCUGAUACAAAGUGAUAAAAUACGAAGGAUGGAGGACAUGUACCUCUUGUUAGAGAUGUGUUUUAAACGGAUGAUUAUGUCUUCUUAUUCAAGGGCCGGGGAAGAGUCAGCGGAGGGACCAGUAGCUUUUCCCGUGGGUGCUCACAACGAUGUUGUCAAGGGGGAGUUGUUGUCUAAUGAAAAAAGGGUGAUUGGAAAUACAAAUUUUUUUUUGCCUGCCGUUCCAGAGCUGCUAGAUCUUUGUGACACAAUGGAUUUGUGUCUCUCGCAGUGCCAGGAAACACGUCAGAAAAUACAGCACCAGAAGAAUGUGGUUUGUGGGGCUUUUGGCGUGUUGGCGAUGAAACGACGUCGAGUUCACCUGACGACUGUGAUCCGCAUGCUUCGCUUCAUUGAGCAGAGACAUAAACAAACACGGGACAUAAAUAUUUUCUUGAAAGCUGGUCGUUUUGCGGAAGUGGUGUUGUCGUUGCAUCAGCUACGAAUUCAAUACGAGAUGCGAAAGCCCGUCUUAGAAUCUGAGGAAGAAACCUUGGAGAUGAUGUGCGAGGCAACCACUCUUGGAGAGACAGUUCUGAAGAAGCACCUUUACCUCUGCACUCAAGGUGUAAAGGCUUUGGGUUUGGCCUUGCACAAUCGUCUUUUUCAAGUACUGGACUCACUUCAGGACACAUGCCUUGUUUGGAGCAAAGAUUUAGUUUGCUCUGCCCUGCGUUUGGCGUAUGGCGCACAUGCACUCUGCUGCUGGAAGGGUAAAACAACAAAGGCAUUAAAUCAGCACUCUAGCAACAACGCUGGAAAUUUGACAGCCGGACGCCUCAUGGAAGCAUACGUGAUGGAUAAAUUACAUGAAGUGGUCAAUGAAAACAUUAAAAAUUCUGAAAUUAGCGGAGGCGGAAUAGCGGUGUUGGCAGAGAGUGUGACGCUUUCAGAGGUGCGGCGUUGCACUUCUCAACUGCUCACCAAGGUUAGCUCAUUUUUACGUGCUGUUUUGCUGCUUCAGCGGUGCUUUGAGGCACUCUUUGCAUCAGAGAGCCCUGAUAAUUGUAUGAAGGAUGAUUGCCUAACUUUUGAGCAGGCAAUUGAGAGGUUUUUAGGAGAUGAUUUCGCUUUUUGUAAGGACUUGAGUAGUGAAGAUGAAGCUGCGGUGAGAAAUUACAUUUAUGACGUUAAUUCACUCAAAAAAGUAUAUGAGGAUUGCUGCGGCAUUGGACGCCAUGCUGUGAAGGAGGCUUUGCGGUUGGUUUUAUCGUACCAGACACACUUACCGCUGGAGAAUUUGACGCUUUUGGAAUUGCUUCUCUCCUAUCGUCUUUUAUUUUAUUUUGUAGACAUUUGCCGGCCCGUGUUUCCAACGGAUGACGAUUUUGCUGGCAAUAUAACUGCAGAAAUGGAGGCCCGGUUGGCCAUGUUGGUGAAGAGGAAUUAUUUGACUGCCCAAGCAGACACCCUUGGCCAGCUGUUAAGGAACGAUACGGGAAUGUUUGUAGGGGCGACAGAAGACGAUCUCCCGCCGCUUUAUCCCCUUCUGCCGUGUGAGUUGGAGUUGGAAGGAAACGCGGCACAUAAAUAUCUGUUAGUGCCACCCGUACGCUUUUGUUACUGCAGCAAGGGGAAAGUAUUAAUAUCCCACAUCAAAUGCAGCGAAGAGGAAGAUAUGGUAAUGCUAAACCCGUUUUUAAAUACACAGGCUUUUUUAAGCCCCGAGGCAAUACCUGCUGCUGAUACGUUUCGUAUUCGAUUGUUUUCAUCCCGGGAUGCUCUUGAAGUAUUCACCUUUUCUAGCCUCAUGGGGGUGAAAAUGAUGGUGGAGAACACAAUGUACGCCCAGAUGUUUCGUCGCGUAGCUCUUGCGCUUGUAUAUGUGAACCUUGGGAUUACAUCUCUCUACGUGUGGUACAUUCUCUCGUAUUUUGUCUCUAGUGGUGAUCAAUGGUUUUUUCGUUCAACGGCUGUGGAUGGGGAGCUGAAGCAAUUUGCAAGGAUAUUACGCGAUGAGUAUCUACCCCGGUCUUUUGACUGGAAUAGAGUUGAUUCGAGUCCUUCCUUGGUGUGGAGGAGCGUCGUGAACAGCCGUCAGCAUCUCUUUGCCGCCGUGGAGCGAGCCACAGGCCUUUGCAGUGUGCUCUCCAUCGGCACUGCCUUCAAGGCCAUACUUUCUGCUUUAAAACCUUUGUUGCCAGUGGAUGAGCUUGGCCAGCUGGACUCUGUGAAGGAGUUGAUGGGGCGAUUGUGCACGUGCAUCAGUCAAAAUGGGUUACGGUUACUUAGUAACCAGCUGUUGUCGUCUAAUGCCUUCGCUAUCUCAAUGGAGGAGUUUCACUGGGAUGGUUCUGCAGAGAGCUUUCCAAUUGCAGUUUCUAAAGUGAAGGGGAGUUGUAGUUUUUCCUAUCCAGUACGUCAAGUUAUGGAGGCAUUCCUGCGGUGCCAACACGAAUUGCGGGAGUUGUAUCGUGAUGCUCCAAGUGUGAGUUUGAGGCGUCUUUUGGACCAUAUGAUUUUGAAUGUAUUCACGGGUUUUGUCGAGGGUGUUUCAAGAAUACGUAAGUUCAAUUCGUUUGGUGAACAACAACUGCUUCAUGACGCGGAGUAUAUUUGUCACGAGAUGUUUUGUGCUCAGCCCACAUUAAAUCGAAGGCCCAUCAUUUUCUACGUUCAGCGCUACGCGUUGGCCAUGACGCUUUCAUCGGGGCUCGCCGAGCUUGUGACUACGAUGCACCAUCUUUAUACAACCCGUCAGCUUAUCGCGUUGACCGCGAGGCUGGAUUUGUCGAAGCGAAGGGAUGUGGAGCAUCUCAUUCAGCGCACACAUGUACGAGAUGAAAUUCCGUACUGCUUGAUCGAGGAGAUUGCUUAA